CCUGGUAAGUGCUCAGCUCACCACCGUCUUGUAUACUGCUAUGUACGGUGUUUAGGGUUGUAGAGAGAGCAUCAAAGCAUGGGGAGAGCCAUUACUAAGAGCAUGAUCAGGAGGAUGAUGAUGACGACGACGAAGAACAGCGCUGUUGGUCACUUCCUCCGACGGACCUCAACCCCUCACUUGAACAGCUCGCCUCUCUUCCAUUUACAUAACCCAUCUUCUCUCACUCAUCACGUUGUUCAACAAAAAUCCCAUCUUUGCCCCUUUUCCUCUGAUCCCCGUCGGUUUUUCAGCAUUGGCUUCUCUGACGAUGUUCGAGAUGAGGCAAGUGAAGAAGGAGAAACCACUGAUGAUGGAUGGGAAGAAGAAGACGAUUCUGAGCCUAUGAUUGGUGAUGGGGGUGAUGGCGGUGGAGUUGCCUUGCGUAAUGUUCCCUGGGGCCAGCGGGCGCUCUCUGUUGCCAAGGAUAUCCUUAAGGAGUUUAAUGAGGACAUUGAACUAUAUGCUUUCAAGACUAGUCCUCGAGGAUAUGUCUAUGUGAGAUUAGACAAAUUAACAAAUGAAUAUGGCUGUCCAAGCAUGGAAGAGCUUGAACGAUAUAAUCAAGAAUACAAGAAAAGAUUAGAUGAGGUUGGAGCACUUGGAGAGAUACCUGAUGAUUUGGCACUUGAGGUUUCAUCCCCAGGUGCUGAGAGGAUACUAAAAGUGCCAGAUGAUCUUAAUCGUUUCCAAGACAUGCCCAUGAGAGUCCAUUAUACGGAAAAUACAGAAUCCAAUAGCACAGAAGAGGAUGGAGUUUUCUUGUUAGAGUCUAUAGAGAAAGAAUCAGAGGUAUGUGUGUGGAAGCUGGCAGAUGUUAAAGAGAACAGAGACCCUCUCAGAAAAGGCAAGCCUUUAAGUCGAAAACAGAAGGAUUGGCGAUUAGAAUUGCCGUUUAUCAUGCAUAGAAUGGUAACCCUGUAUCUUGAUUAAUUCUUAAAUCUUUUUGCUACCUACAUUUUAAAAACUAGAUAUGACAUUUGGAAGUAGUUUUGGAGGAAAAAAUGUAGUUCUUUUCUGAGUUAACUUUUCAGCACAGUACUAGGUGAUGUUCUGGUUUUAUUAAACUUUAAAUUAAUUGAAUAUAAAUACCUGUUAAUUUGGACAUAGGUCGUUUAUCUAAGCAGCUGUGCAAGAAGUUCAUAUAUGAAAUUGUAAGAACUGAUAUCUAGUGAAGAUAAUAUGAUAUAACAGUAGCAGGAACCUAUUGAUGUGAGGUAGAUUCAGUAUGGUUUAUCCUCCCUCAGGUGCUUGGUAUUAUUUUUGAAAUAACAAAGAAGAAACAGUGAUAGUAUCAAGCUUUCGAGAAACUUGACUCUCUCCUGGUCUUUAGUCUAAUCUCCAAAAUUCUGAUAUAGUCCCCUUGCUGUCUCUUCUCUAACCACCCUCUCACUUCCCCCUCAUAACAGAAUUCUUUUUCCAUUCCACUUCCAGCAAGGUAGAGCUAGUAACAAAGCCUCCCAACUUAUAUUGUAGUGAUUAGAAAAUUAAGCUCUUCCCAUAAAUAAUGUGGAUAAUGUGAUUUCUCAACACAUUAUAUCUUAUUUGCUUGGUUGCAAAGUGUAGCCAUUGAGGCACCAGACUAAUGUGGAGUUUGGAAUUCAAUUGUGUAUAUUGUUUUUCCCUAGUUCCUUUACCUGAUUCUCAAGCGCUGCUGUUAAAACAUGAUUAUAGCAGAAUCCAGCUCUUCUCUUGAUUUCUAUCCCUGACAAAUUCAACCAAAGAAUAAAUCCAUUCCCCAUGAUGAACUUGGGGUAUGUUAGAACAUUAAUACAAAGAUAGCAGCCUCCGACAAUCUGAACUCCCCAAGUUGCUGAUCAGUCUUUGGAAGAAAAGUGAGGAAUAGCUUUUUUGGCAUGUAUAUCACCCGAAGACUGUGGUUCUAGGCAUAAUGUCAAGCUUCCGCAAUGCUUUUCAGUUUUUUUUUUUUUUUUAUUGGUCCUGGAUGUGUCCAUUCACUCUCCACUGAUCUGCUUCCGCACACCAAACUAGCACAUAUUCUUCGUUUGUUUGGGUUAAAAGGAUCUCUAAAAUUUCAUGAGCAUUAGAGAAAUGUGCAGUGAUACUUUGCUUAUUCGAGAGAGUUAUCUUUUAUCUACCAGACUCUCUGAUCUACCCAUGGUUGGUAUUGGAUACUUUGCUUAUUAGGAACCCAGUGAAUUGUUGAAGGCCCUCAGGUUUUGAGUUCGGAUCUCAUUGCCCAAAAUCAUGCUAAACAUGCAAAGUUGAUUUCCCAAAAUCAAUUCAGACCCAAUACCAUUUCAUAAAGACCUAGAAUAUGACGAUUGAUUUGGCAAUUAUCCAUGGUAGCUUUAGAGGAUAUAAUACUGUCAUCCAUAAAAAAUAAAUGAUUCUUGUCAUUAAAUCACUUGUCCAAAAAGUUUGAGUUAUUAGAUAGAGUUACAAAAAUUGUUAUAUAUCUUACAUGAUCCCUUCACAAGAGCUUCUUUUGAGCGUGUAGCGGGAAUUUUGCAUC